AUGAGUCAGGCCAAGAGGACCACCCAGGGCGCUGCAGCUGCUGGCGCAGCGAAGGGUGCGCGUGGUGGGCGCUUCCGUCUGAGGCAGAAGAAUAAGAGAGCGACGGACCUGAAGCGUCAGGCAAUGGGGAAGACAUCUUGCAAACUUAGGAAGAGUAUUACUCCUGGCACGGUGCUGAUCCUCCUGAGCAGCGGCUACAGAGGGAAGCGUGUCAUCUGCCUGAAGCAGCUGGAGCCCUCGGGCCUUCUCCUUGUCACAGGACCUUUCACAGUCAAUGGAGUGCCUCUUCGCCGCGUCAACCCGCGGUAUGUGAUCGCCACAAGCACCAAAGUUGACGUCUCUGGCGUGAAUCUGAACGGCAUUACCGACAAGAUGUUCACCCGCACGCCGAAGGAGAAGCGAGAAGAAAGGAAGAUGCGCACGAAGGACGAUACCUCCAUGUUCGUUCAGCAAGAGAACACAACUCAGAAGGCCCUCCCAGAGGAAAGAAAGAAACUGCAGGAACAAGUCGACAAGGCUCUCCUCGCCGUAGUCAACAAGGACGCCCUCCUCAAGCAGUACCUCAAGACACGUUUCACCCUGAGAUCAAACAUGGCCCCCCACGCCAUGAAGUUCUAA